CAAAUUUGCCACUUGGUGGCCAAAUACUGUCACUCCCUGAUGAUGGAUUCCUCAUGGUUUGCUGACGUGGAGCACCUGCCCCCCAGUGAGUUGUUUUCCAUAGAAUCCCAAUAUACCCAUGACGAUUUCGAUCGAAAGCUCAACUUUGCUUUCCCAUGCUAUCGAGAUGAGUAUGGAAAUCCUUGGGUGUUCCCGGUAGUCAGAGUGGCUGAAACAGUGCUGGCCAACGAUAGUUCGCUAUCCAAAGAAUACCUCCAUCCUCUGGGAUAUGAAACUUUGAACCAAAGCGCUGUUUCCUUGCUUCUGGGUCAUCAGAGUCGGGCUAGAUUAGAAAGCCGCGCCUUUGCCAUUCAGACUAUGUCAGCAACCGGAGCUACUAGAAUAGGCGCUGAGUUUCUGGCCGGUACUUUGGGUAUGACCACCGUCUACUUUCCGGAGCAAACCCUUGAAGAUCUGGGAAGUGUUUUCCUGAGCGCUGGAUUUAAGGAGCUGAGGGAGCUGCGCUACUUUGACUACUACACCUUGAGCCUGGACAUUGAGUAUCUGCUGAAAGAUCUGGAAAACGCCCAGGCGGGCGCUGUGGUGUUCCUGCAAGUGAGCGGCCACAAUCCUACCGGGUGUGAUCCAGACUCUUCCGAGUGGGAGAAAAUAGCCGAUAUCAUAGCCUCCAAACAGCUGUUUCCAUUCUUUUACUCCCCCUUCCAAGGGUUUGCAACUGGCGAUGUUCACCAGGACGUGGAAGUGGUGCGGAUGUUCGAAACACGCGGCUUGGAGUUCUUCUGCUCGCAGUCCUUCGCGUGGAACUUCGGCCUUUACAAUGAGCGCUCCGGAUGUCUUUCCAUUGUGGCCAAACACGCGCAGCACGUGAACCCCAUUCGCUCCCAUUUGCUCAAAAUCGCCGGAAACAUGUACUGGGCGCCGCCUAGUCAUGGAUCGAGAAUCGUGGCGUUUAUUCUGGAAGAUAAGAUCCUAUCGGAAGAAUGGAAGGCCAGUAUCGCAGGCAUUGCAGCGCGGCUGAAGCAGAUGAGAACCUACCUAAGGGAAGAACUGGAGCGAUUGGGGGCGCCUGGAUCGUGGGCCCACAUCACCAACCAAGUGGGCCUGUUUUGUUUCAUUGGCCUCAAUCAGAUCCAAGUGGAAUAUCUGAAGAAGCAGUACCACAUUUACAUGUUGAGCAAUGGCAGGCUGAAUGUGAGCGGUUUGAACAUGGACAAUGUGGAAUAUGUUGCAAGGGCCAUCUAUGAGACAAUGGGCGUGAUCCCAUCGAGCUACGUUAUGAGCGUUGCCAUGUAGGGACAGUAUUUUCGGGUUUUCUAGCUGCGCAGAAGGUAAAUGAGACGCGCAUCGGCAAGAAAUAGUUUAUUUUACAAGGCGAUAUACAUAAAACUAACAACAAAUUUUAACAACAUAAAAACAAGCAUUAGUAUCGAUCCGAAUAUCUACAAUAUACAAACUAAAGUUAA